AUGGUCCUCACAAUGAGAUCUUCGCUUGGAAGCAAUUCCUUGAAGUUUGCGCGCUCAAUUGCUCGCUCUCCCCGCUUCCAUGUCUCUCCGGCUCCUCGAUUCCAAAGAAACCUCAGCGCAGGAGACGACUCGACCAAUGUGUGGAAGCUAACGCAAGAGGACCAGGCGCGGUACUGGCAAGGGUACCUCUCCACGCGGCCCAAAUACAACGAAUCCUUCUACGACCUCAUCUACCAAUACCAUGCCGCCCAGUCCAAGAACCCCUCGUUUGACGUCGCCCACGACGUCGGCGCCGGACCAGGGCAGGUGGCGGAGAAGCUGGCGCUGAAGUUCCAGCACGUCGUCGUGAGCGACAACAACGCCAACCACGUCGACUAUGCCCGCUACGCCCUCUCGAAGACCGACGUCCCCGCCUCGCGGUUCUCCUACGACGUCGCGCUGGGCGAGGAGCUCGAAGCCAAGUACCCGCCUGCGUCAGCGGACCUGAUCGUCUGCGCGCUGAUGUUCCCACUCAUGGACACGGCGACGGCCCUGCGCAGCUUCCGCACCGUCCUAAACCAAAACGGCACCCUGGCCAUCUGGUUCUACGGGCGGGCACACUUCUCGGAACCCGAGUACGCCGCCUCCUGCCAGCCCGUCCUCGACGCCAUCAUCAACCACCACUUCGGCGGUGUCAUCAAGGGCGGCGGGCCCGAGCACACCGCGGGGUGGAAGCGCGCCGCGGACGGCAUCGCCAGCUGGCUCGACUACAUCCCCUUCGCGGAGGAGGAGUGGAAGUCCGUGCAGCGACACAAGUGGAACACGGAGUGGACGCAGCUGGGCUUUUUCGGGCAAGACGCGUGCAACUUCCCCGUGGAACCGACCAGCCAGGUCAAGGACGGCGAGACGGUUAUUGAACGGCAGGACCGUGAUCUCUGGCGGAAGGAUUGGAAUCUGGCGCAGCUGCGUCAGUUCGUGCAGCAUAUCUUCCCGUUCAAUGGGACCGAUGAGGACCCUGUGAAGCCGCUGUGGGCGGAGUUGGAGAAGAGGAUGGGUGGUGCGCAGGCUCAACGGUCGUUCUCGUGGCCUGUGGUUCUGGUUUUGGCGUCGAAGAAGUAA